CCCAUAUAAAACUACUGGGGACAUUUCCCAGGCAGAACUACGAAAGCUCCAGAGACAGCAGCACCCGGGGCGGCCGGGCACAGCAGCUCCGCGCAGCGCAGCACAGCACACGGCGCCGAGCAAGCCAGCAGGCGGAGCACAAGUAGCCAGGAGAAGCAGAAAGCGGGGCAGAUAGCGGCUCCCGGGUCGGGCGCGCUCCCAGGCUGGGCACAGGCACAGCGCCGCUUUGCUGUCUCCAGCAGGCAACUCUCCCCCCAGAGCGAAGCAAGGAGACAUCUCGCAAAAGGGACGUACCAGGCUCCCGAGAGGAAACGGCUGCGGACCAUGGCUGACGAUGAAAUCGCCCGCAGCCCCAGCAGUAGCAGCUGCAGCGGGAGUGGGAAUUGCACGGGCACUUGCGGCGAGAACCCUCAUUGCAACGUGCUGAGCUGGGAACAAGUGCGGCGCUUGGAUCGCAUCCUGAGCGAGACCAUCCCCAUCCACGGCCGGGGCAACUUCCCCACGCUGGAGAUGCAGCCCCGGCAGAUCGUGAAGGUGGUGCGGAGCCGCCUGGAGGAGAAGUGCAUUGGGGUCCGAGACGUGCGACUCAAUGGCUCGGCAGCCAGCCACAUCCUGCACCAAGACAGUGGCCUGGGCUACAAGGACUUGGACCUCAUCUUCUGCGCAGACCUCAAAGGGGAAGCCGAGUUUCAGACUGUGAAGGACGUGGUCUUGGACUGCCUUUUGGAUUUCUUACCUGACGGAGUUAACAAGGAGAAGAUCACCCCGCUUACCCUCAAGGAAGCUUAUGUGCAGAAAAUGGUAAAAGUAUGCAAUGAUUCAGACCGAUGGAGUCUCAUCUCCUUGUCCAACAACAGUGGCAAAAACGUGGAGCUGAAGUUUGUGGACUCUCUGAGGAGGCAGUUUGAGUUCAGUGUAGACUCCUUUCAAAUCAAAUUAGAUUCCCUUCUGCUUUUUUAUGAAUGCUCAGAGAAUCCCAUGACUGAAACUUUUCACCCGACCAUCAUUGGUGAGAGUGUCUAUGGGGAUUUCCAAGAAGCCUUUGAUCAUCUCUGCAACAAGAUAAUUGCCACCAGAAACCCAGAAGAAAUCAGAGGAGGUGGCCUUCUUAAGUACUGCAACCUUUUGGUAAGGGGCUUUAGGGCUGCCUCAGAAUCUGAGAUUAAGUCCCUUCAGAGAUACAUGUGUUCCAGGUUUUUCAUUGACUUCUCAGACAUUGGAGAACAGCAAAGAAAGUUGGAGUCUUACUUGCAGAACCACUUUGUGGGAUUAGAGGACCGCAAGUAUGACUAUCUCAUGACCCUUCAUGGUGUGGUGAAUGAGAGCACAGUGUGCCUGAUGGGACAUGAGAGGAGACAGACUCUAAAUCUUAUCACCAUGCUGGCCAUCCGUGUCCUUGCUGAGCAAAAUAUCAUCCCCAAUGUGGCCAAUGUCACCUGCUAUUACCAGCCAGCCCCAUAUGUAGCAGAUGCCAACUUUAGCAAUUACUAUAUUGCCCAGGUUCAACCGGUAUUUACGUGCCAGCAGCACACAUACUCGACUUGGUUGCCCUGCAAUUAAGGACCGUUUUAAUACACCUGGUGGGGAGAACAUUUUCUAACAAGCAGAAAGGAGUGAUACUCUCCUUAAAAUGGGGUUCUUUGUGCAAUGAUGAUCUGCUCUAGCUUUCAAGUUUGGUAAAGCUUGUGGUUCUUCUUAUAAAUUAUGUGAGCAUGAUCUAGAAAAGAAGCAGAAAUAAUUGGAUUCUACCCCAGAGCACAAGAGGCCUGUCAUUAAAAGCAAAUAGCUUCCCCUGAAAUAAACAAGGGAGGAAUGCUUGAUGACAAUAUGGGUUGGCAAUACCUGCUCCCAUAGCUUUGGCAUAGAGAAGGUUGGAAAGCCUUUUUUUAGAAUGGGAUCUGCAAAAGGGAGAAUAUGGAAAAAAAAAAAAAAAACCUCAAAAACAAAACAAUUUGCUUACAUAUAUUCAGGAGUUAAAAGUAGAGGCAUGAAGCAGAGAUAAGUUCAAAUAAAAUGUAUAUUGGAAUUACUGCCUUUGGGACUUGCAACAAGUGCUGUCUAUGGGAUGAUUGUGUAGAAUGUAUAGCUUGCUUGACUAGAAUGCUUUAACAGAAACAGCUUGCUCCAAAUGAACAGUAGGAGAUUGGUACAGUUAUCAUAAAUCCAGAAAAAACACAUGACGAUAAAGUCCAUUUUUUCCAGCUGCAUGCGUGCUUCACAUUUUAAAAAUGUGAAAAUGCAAGAAAAACAGGUGUAGCAAACAAAAUAUGCUCAAGGACCAAAGAUUUCACAAAUAAGUUAUCCAAGCAAAGGAGAUACAGUAGAAUAUAAAAAGAUGUUACUAUAUUUGUACACACCAAUGUUAAUCAAAAGUGCCUGAUGCUUUCAGAAAAUUUGAAGUGAGAAAAAUAUAGUUUUGUGGUUUUUAACCGUGCAUUUUGUUUUAUCAGGGACACAAGAAGACAAAAAACAAACAAAACAAACAAACAAAAAAACACAAGCUUGUGAAUCAGUGGUGGAGAAAAUGCCCUAUUUUUUCCUUGGCAAAUACCUGUAUAAAGUUAAUAUUGUCAGUGUGAUGUUAUCAUAGGUACGUGUGUGUGUGUAUGUUUGUGUGUGCGUGUGUGUGUGUAUAUAUAAUAUAUAUAUAUAUAUAUAUAUAUAUAUAUAUAUAAUACACACAAACAUGCACACACAAUGUAUAUAUUAAAUGUGGUCUAGGAAAAUGUAGCAAUUAAGGAAUGUUUAAAUAAAGUACUGUGUGUUUUCCAGUUUGCAACAGGAUGUCAUAGGACAGUGAGCACCUUGCAGUGAAUUUAUAACCCACACCUGAAAAUUUGCAGUAAAUGAACCAGUCAGGAUUAAGGUGGGAUACAAAUAAAUGUCUUUGGUUGCAAGAACAAAGAUUACAGUAAUUCAGUGAGUUGCUUGUGAGCCAUAAUAAUUCCACAAAUGGAUAAACAUUUGAUUAGCU